AUGAUCGUGGUUAGGAAAAUUAACCAUCAGCCACACAAAUAUUUGAUCUCGAGCAUGACUGCUCUCAGGAGGCGAGAUGACUUAGUCCGUUGUUCGAACCCGACCUCUGUCUCUCGAUUUUCUCUGUCUAGGCUUGGACAACCAGACAGCAUCCCAUCCCUCGUGCUUCACUUAGGUGGCAUGGUAGGUAGGCUUGGGCAACCUGGCAGUAUACCAGCCCUCGUGUUUCCUUCGCGUGGCGUGACAGCUAGGCACCCAAAGGAAUCGAAGCUUUUCUCCAAGUUUCCCGGGUCGGUUGUGUUCUCGUCACUCAGCGUUUGUCGUUCACUUGAAAGGUACAAGGGAAAAAAGGCUGUAGCACUGCUCUUUAUGUACUCAACAUGGCGCAAUGGAGCGUGGACAACCGUCGGAGGGAGGUCAUUCCACGCAGCUACUACCCAAAAUGAGAAAAAAUUGUCUAAUAAGUAUGUGCGCUCUGAGCUUGAAAAUCUUCUUACCAUGUCCCCGCCGUGUGUUUGCUGGGUUAAUGGUGAAAACCUGCUUGCCAAGCUUUGUUCAAACAGGGCACAAUUAGGAAUUAGGUUCCCUCGGAGGCGACGAUACUCUAGGGAAAAUAGGUCAAGCACCGCGGGACGCGUUUCGUGGUCCACGGAUUGCCGGCAGGCAACAGUUUUCGUAGCAGCUCGUUGGACACGCUCACUGAGUGUGAUGUCUUUUGUUCGUCCUGAUUAG